GUGCCAUCAUUGAUGGUCAGCCAGUGGUCCUGAUGCGGUAUCAAUGGAAGUUCUCCAGAUAUUCCUCUGCACCGACAGUGUUUAAACGGCCAAACGCGGACUCGGGGCGGGGGUGACGUUGAAGGGGAUAAGAACCCAAAGGAAAAGGCUUCUGCUAAUGCUCUGAACGGAGCGGGAUCUUGCUUCCUCCAACUCUCCAAAGAUGGGAGUGUUCAGCCGGCAGAAGUUUUUCCAGGAGCUCACUCAUGGCUGCCUGCUGCCAACAGCUCAGCAGGGCCUGGAGCAAGUGUGGCAGCUGCUGGUUAUCUGCCUGCUUUGUCGGCUGCUCUGGAUGUUUGGUCUUCCCGCUUUUGUGAAGCAUCUGGGCACGGUGGCUGGAGGUUUCUACACCCUUUACCUCUUCUUUGAGCUCCACAUGAUCUGGGUGGUGCUGCUCAGCCUUCUGUGCUACCUCUUUCUCUUUCUGUGCCGCCAUUCCACCAUUCGAGGCACCUUCCUCUCCAUCACUGUGCUCAUCUACCUUCUGCUGGGAGAACUGCACAUGAUGGAUACUACCAACUGGCACAAGAUGAGAGGAUCCCAGAUGGUGGUGGCCAUGAAGGCCAUCUCUCUGGCGUUUGACUUGGACCGGGGUGUGGUGACCAGUGUCCCCUCACCCCUCGAGUUCAUGGGCUACAUUUAUUUUGUGGGCACUGUCAUCUUCGGCCCGUGGAUCAGCUUCAGCAGCUACAAAGAAGCUCUAGAAGGACGUAAGCUGAGCUUUCAAUGGCUUUUAAAAGUGUCACUCAGUUGGAUCAAGAGCCAAAUCUGCUUGGUUAUUUCCAACUGUGUGGCUCCCUACCUGUUUCCUUAUUUCAUACCUGUCUAUGGAGACAAGCUGUUAAGAAGCAAGAAGAGGAGGAAGGUCAGAGGGAUGCUGGCUAAGUGGAUGCUGGCAUAUGAGAACACAAUGUCUUUCCACUUCAGCAAUUAUUUUGUUGGCUACUUGAGUGAGACAACGACGACGCUUGCAGGAGCGGGCUUCUCUGAGGAGAAAGAAAACCUCAAAUGGGACAUGAGUGUCACCAAGCCGCUCAGCAUAGAGUUUCCCCGCUCCAUGGUGGAGGUGGUGACGUCAUGGAAUCUGCCCAUGUCUCGCUUUCUGCACACUUAUGUUUUUAAGAGCGCGCUCAGAUUUGGGACCUUCUCCGCUGUCAUGUUGACAUAUGCAGCCUGUGCCCUUCUGCAUGGUUUAAGUUUUCCUCUCGGGGCAGUGCUGAUAUCUCUGGGGUUCAUUACAUACAUUGAACACGCAUUGCGGAAGAGGCUUGCAGUCAUCUUUAAUGCAUGUGUGCUGUCAAAGAAAUGUUAUCCAAGCUGCAAACACAAGAACAAAAAGGAGCUAUGGGUGUAUAUGAUUAACAUAGCAUUCAGUGCUUUAGCCAUGCUUCACUUGACCUACCUGGGCUCCGUGUUUAACUCCAGUGUGGAUUACAUGGAAGAAGAUGAGGACGAGAUCACCCAUCACACCGUUCAGAAGUGGUCCGAGCUGAGCUGGACGAGCCACUGGGUCACUUUUGGAUGCUGGAUAUUUUACCGCCUCCUUCUCUGAAAGUAAGCGAUGAAACUGGAGUGAAGGAAGCAGUAAUCAAGAGAGGAGAAGUAGGUUUUCCACUUCUGCACUGUGACUUUAUCCUCCAUCAGACCCAAGAGUACACAUGCAGCCUGUCAACAAACCAACAUGUAGUGUUUAAGUUGGGUUACACAUUGACUGGGUCAUUUCCUCUUCAAGCCUGGUGGGGGACUGGUUCUGAUAUACAUGAGAAGACAGCAUGUGGUGCCAUCUUUUCUGUCUCUGCACCAUCCCCUCUGAAUCUGAGCCACAGUUAUCAAGCUCUCCUGUUGUGGGUACUGAUAUCUCACCGUGAGGCACAAUCAAUAGCUGUCAGCACAGUGGAGAUCAGCGGCUCCUUUCUUUACAGACAAGCUGGAGAGACUGUUUGGCUGAAGUCCUCCAGAGGUUAUGUUCCCUCAUCCCAGCAGGUUUAGAGUUUAGGACAAACUUAGUUACACUUUUUAAACUGCUUACACCCGAACCAAAUACCAGAAAAAGUAUGCUUCUUCUGACUCUUCAACCAUUGUUCAUUAUCUGUUUGGACUUACAUAAAAGAAACACCUUACAGUUUUACUGUGGGUCAAUGUUUGUUUAAAAAAAUUAAACAAAAUGCAAAAGUCAGAGGUGGUAAAUAAAAAAAAAUAUUAAAGGAAAGCAGCUUCUGGAAGCACAGUUAGGAACGAUUUCAGGAAGUCUCUUUCCUUUAGGUAAAUUAUUAGUUAAUAAUAAUUCCUUUAGAAAAUAUUUUUUUAAGUUGUGUUUCUAAAAAGUAAUUCAUCAAAAUUGAAUUGAACUUAGAAGAGCAAUAGCCAUUCAUCAAAUCCACAAAUGUAUUUACUUUAAAGCAAUUCUUGAUUUUGUCUGGCAAAAAAAUGCUUUUCUGUUCUUUUUUAUUGAAAGAUUUCAUAAUUGUUUUAAUGAAAGCUACAUUUUAUUUUUUUUCAGUUUAAAUAACUGUUCAUGUGAAACCAGUUUUAGAAUAAACGUUUGAAAAAAUGAACUGUUAUUUUAGUUGUAAAUCAAAUCAAAUUGGGAAAUUGUGAAAUGAAAUGAAAUUAAUUGAAUAGCUUGCCAGUGAUUACCAGUCUAAUAUUUUAAUUAGAUUAUUCUUUACAAAAUGUAAUAUAAAUUUGCAGACAUUUGUUUGCAUGUUGCCCUCCGAAUCGCCAGCCACACUGUUUCAUUACAACACUUAUCUUUUUCAGCUUUUCUUUUGUUGAUGAUGAGCCAAAUUUUACCUUUCAGACAUAAAGUUUCUCAUCUAAUUCCUAAACUUGUUGUAUAGAGACAUUUAUGGUAAAGUGUAAGUUCUGUUAAUGCAACAAGCCCAAAUCAUCAUACUCCCACCACUGUUUAGAGGGAAGGGCCUUUUUCCUGCCAACCCUUGCAAAGCUUAAAACCUAUUCUUGAGUUUAAAUACAUCUUAAAUUAUCUUAGAACUAAGCAAUAAAGUAAUUUCAACUUGAAACAUGUAUGUAUUUAUGAUCCCAACAGAACCCUGUAGAAUCAAAGUUUUUUUUGUUUUUAGUUUUUCGUUUUUUUGCUCACCAGUGGAACGACAUAGUUUGAUUGAGAAGUUAACCAGCUGGUUCCUAAAGCAUUUACAGUCUUACUUUGGAUGGUGCAUUCUAAAUUAAUUCAAAAUUAUUUUCCCAACUUAAAAUAGAAGUCAGUUUCUUUAGAUUCAAACUUUGUUGGUAUGUUUUUGGUUUCUGCACCCACCUGAAUCCUUUAAAAUAGUAAAAAACCAGGUUUUGAUGGUUCAAACACCUUCUAACAUUAGGUUAUACCUGGAUGUUACAUUAUUCUCUUUUCACAGCUUUCUAUCCAAUUUUAAACCAACCGGAAGAUUAACCUGUUUUCCCCUCUCCUGCUUUUGAUAUAAUUUCAGUCAAAGUUCAACCGAACAAAGGGAUCCGAUUGCUUUGUCUCUUUCUAUUCAUAUGGUACACUUAUUAAUUAAUUAUCUAAAAAUAUUUGUAAAAAUAACAGAAAACAUUUCAAACAUUCAUAGACGAAUGAGCUUAAAACAUAAGAAGGCAUCAAGAUGCAUUACAUUUCUUCUUUUUUUUUUUUUUUACAAAAACAUGUUGUUGAUUAUCAAUCUUUUGGGGGGGGGGG